GGGUUCGUUUGAAUUCUGUGUUACGGUUGUCGUAGAUCUCGCUUCUUUAGUUUCGCAUUUGUUGAUAAUGAACAACUAUCUAUUAUUUCAUCGCAAACUAGAGUUGAAACACCAACACACCUUGUUUAACAAAAACCAACCAAAUCAAUCUAUAAACAAAGCUUAGGAUUAUUGUUUUUUCCCUACAUGACUGACGAACCUGAGAAAGUUUCCAAUCCUAUAGUUGCAUCAACUGAUGAACAAAAUGACCAGCUAACAAUUGAGGAUGUGGAUCAAUUACAACAUGAAGCAAGUGAAGAUAGUACAGGCAGUGAAGAUUUGAGAUUAUUUUUAAAGGAAUUACAUGAAAAAGUAAAAGAAGACCACCAUCAUCACAACCAACAGCAACAAAUUCAACAAUCUCAUGUUAUCCCUUCAACAGGACAUUUACAACCAGCUUGUGUGAUUAAUCCUGGUGAAUUAUCAGUCAUUGGUGGUGGUGGUGGUGGUGGAUCAUCAACAGCCGCCGCAUCUUAUCAUUCAUCACAAUAUAAUUUGAAAACGAAUCAACUGAUACAAUAUCAAACACCUGGUCAAGUAACGACUACUGCCGAUCAACAUUAUCAUACGUCUAUAGGAGAAUUGAAUGCACACGAUGUUGUAUCUGACGGUGGUUGGGGUUGGUUUGUUGUGCUCGGUUCAUUUUGUUGUAUGGUGCUAGUUGAUGGAAUAUGUUUCACUUAUGGUCUAUUAAUAAAUCCAGUCUGUCCAUAUUCUAAUUUACGUGUACUAUCAUCAUCACCAAAUGAACGGAAAUUCAAUGAAAGUGGUCCAAUUAAAUAUCCUCGUAAUGAUCGUAUUAUCCAACCAAUCAUUGGCAGUUGUAUACCAAUUUCAGAAUUAGGUGAAGAUUUUGAAAUACAACAACGUUCGAUUUUAUUAACUCCUGGUGGUCUAAUAGUUGGUCUAUAUCUAUUUCUUGGUCCACUCGUUAGUGCGUUGAGCAAUCAAUUUGAUUUUCGCCCGGUGGCUAUGAUUGGUGCAAUUAUUACUACAAUUGCAUUGUUAAGCAGUGCUUUUGUAACAACCAUUGAAGUGUUUACAUUGACAUUUGGGCUUCUUGGUGGUAUUGGCCUAUCAUUUAUCUAUUUACCGGCUAUAGCUACCGUUGGACAUUGGUUUCAACAGAAACGUCCACUAGCUGUUGGCCUAGCCUUAUGUGGCAGUGGUAUGGGUUGUUUAGUCGGUGGUCAAGCAAUUCCACGCUUAGUUUUAUUAUUCACAUGGCGUGGGACAUUGAUUUUACUGGCUGCAGUUUGUUUUCAAUGUCUUACACUUAUUUUAUUAUUUCGCCCAUGGGAUGUACACUUUCAGAUAACUCAAGCACAACAAGCCAAACGUUUAGCACGUGAAGCUGCUCGUCGUGCAGCAGCACUACGUCGUGCUGAAGCAGAACGUGUUCUACUAGAAGCUCGACGACGUAAAUAUCUGGCAGCACUAGAGGCAGCCGCUACAGCUCAUACCGUCGGUGUAAAAAAACAUUCGAAUACAGCUCCUGUUGUGAUGACUAAUGAUAUUAACGGCAAUAAACCAGGUUUUCAAUGUCAACCAGGUGAAUAUCGUUCAAAAUCAAAUGACAGCGGUAGUGGUGGAAUCGUUGGGGUUGGUGGCGGUAGAAGAAGCUCUACACAGUACAAUCGUAUUCAUGAUACCAAUCAAACAAGAAAUGGACGUCAGAAUAAACAUUUUAUUUUUAAUUCACAUAAUCGAACACAACAAAGUCCUGGUGUAAUGAAUACACGAUCAAAUGCAGUAACCGGUAAUCGUUCAGUUAAUCAUCAAAAUCAAGGAUCUAGUAGAACGGCUAAUCGUAAAAGGACACCUAGUCGCCGUGUAAUUGUUUAUCGUGGAUCAAUAAUGCAACGUAUUAUUGAAGAGAAAAAACGUCAACGUACUAUAUCUGUUGGCAGUUUAGAUGGUAUGGUUAUAACAAGAGAUAAUGAAUUAAUAGCUGCAUCGAAAAUAAUUAAUCAAGAUAAAUCAUUAUGUGAUCCUACUACAAUACAAAGAAUAUCUGAGAAUGUUACACGUAAAAUUGAAUCGAAGUUAAGUAAUGCUAUUGCACCGAAAUUAUCAGUUGUCAAUGGCGUUAAUGUCAAUAGUAAUAUGAAUAAUAAUAAUACCGGUGUCGUACCUACCUCAGGCGGGACGUCAACACUUGGCAGUCGAACUGGUUUACGUGUGAGUUUACCUCAACUUGUACAAGAAUACAUACAAUCUCAAGUAUCUCUUACCUUACAACAACAACAGUCUAAACUGUCGUCUGUAGCAAAUCUCAUCAAUAAUAAUAGUAUUAAUUAUGGUAAUGACCAGUCAACACCAGCGGAUACCUUUGUUCGUUCACCGUCAGUUAUGUCGAAAUUGAGUACCGUGAAUAUGCCCAAUUAUGAUACUGCCACUGUUCAAUUGGCAUCUGGAGAAAAUCCAGUGUAUUUAGAUGGUGGUGGAUUCACAGGAUCUAGAAAUGCGCCCACACCUUCUGAUAAUAAUCAAAUGAUUUCUGUCAAUACAUCGAAUUCACCGGCUUUUCUAAGUGGUACUACUAAUCCACCACUACCAUCAACAACAGGACGUGAUCCCGCUCAAACAAGGAUACAUCCGAUUCGUUCUGUUUCUGAGACUGUUAGUUUAAAACGUACCACAUCCGAGGCUAGUUUAACUUCUCAUCUUACAUCAAUCGGUAUUGUAGAUCCGCAUAAUAAUAAUGGUAAUACUGCUGUCGCCGAUUUGUUAGACGAUGAAAUGAAAGCUGAUAUUCAAUUAAUUAUUCGUAAAGAAAUGUCAAGACCACAAUAUAAAAAAGAUUUCUUUUAUAUUGGUCCAGUUCGUCAAGUUGUUGACUCAUCAGCAUUAUCAUCAAAACAAUUACCAAUCAGUCAUAAAUUUAGUAUUAAUUUACCGAUAUUACCAGCGACAGUUGUAGAUAAUCGACCGAAUCGUUCAUCAACUACAGCAUUUCGUUUACCGUCAACGGUUAUACAUCCGGAUGUUAAACAACAACCAGAGCAUUGUAGUCAGACAAAUUUAAGUAUUGCUAAUUCAAGUAAUUUGUUUACUAAUCAGUUUAUACCACCAGCUCCAUGCCCAUCUAUUCCGCUAAACAAUCAACAAUCUAUUGUACAUAAUGUUCCUUUGAGUGGCCUACCUCAACUCUCUAUUCCAUUGGGUAGCAAUAUAAAUCAGCAUGGAGCAAAUAUAAAUUCAGAUAGAAUUGAUUCUAUAGGAUACGUAAAUAAUACAGAGAAUUUAGAAAGUUCUGCAGCUCCUGUAUCUAAUCAACUUGGUCUUAGUCAAAAAAUUGACUAUGAUGGAAGCACAAUAACCAAUGCUGGUUUACAACGUCAACAACUACAAGAAGAACUCAUAGAUUACGGAGUGGAUAUUGGUGAUGAUGGUGAUGUUGGUGUUGUUGAAUUAGGAUUAGACGAUAUUGAUAUUGAAGAAGAGGAUGAUAAUCGUGAUACAAUUCUGAUUAAUGAUGACGAGGAAGCUGUCUAUACACGUUGUCCAAAAUGUUUUGAUAAUUGUAUCAGAUUAUUUGGUAGUGCACUAUUCUGUUGUUCGACAUAUAGUCCAAUUGGUAUAUUUAUGCAAGAUUUAUUAUCACCAAAAUUGUUGUCCAAUAUUACAUUCUUAUUUUUUCUUUUCUCAAGUAUGAUGGCUAUGCUUGGAUUGGUUGUCCCUUUUUUAAUGUUACCUGAUCUAUUAGCGGAAGUGAAUUGGAAACUUGAAGAUUCUGGUUUUAUCAUUUCGUCAAUUGGUGCAGGAAAUACAUUUGGACGUUUAUUUGCCACCUUCUACAUUGAAAAAGCUUGGUCUACAACUUAUAAAUGGGCUGAUUCAUUGUGGAUGAAUAAUAUCUCUUUGUUGUUAACUAGUGUAACUGUGUUUUUGCUCCCGAUUGUAAGACGAUAUUAUGCAGCUUUAGUUUUAAUCUCGUGUGGUUUUGGACUUUUCUCAGCUGUAUUUGUAUCGUUGAAAAGUAUUCUAGUCGUGGAAUUGAUCGGUAUUGAUCGUUUGACUAAUGCAUUUGGCUACUUACUUUUGUUUCAAGGCUUUGCAGCCGCUGUCGGUCCGCCAGUGGCUGAGUUCUUAUCUGGUAUAUGAGAAAGACAAUGUAGUAAGAAGUGAUCAUUUCCUCUGUAUUAAAUCUUAUUUCACGUUUGAUCUGAUUUCAUUGUUCUAAUGGAUUAGAUCAAUCAUAAUUUCUCAUCAAUUUUGACAAUAUUGUUUUUAUAUAGUAUUAUGUAAUGUAUUGGUUUAUUAUUCAUUUUCUCAUUAGCAUCAUCACCUUCUUUGUUGACAAUGAUGUCUACAUUUAAUUUCAAUGUUAUUCUUUAAUGAAUAAGUUUUACUUUAACUUUCACUCAAGUUUUAAUGAUUAAAUCGAGAUAUAGUUGUAUCAGUUUAUAAUAAAUAAAUGAUGUCACAUUACGUAGAAUAAAUUCAGGUAUGUCUCAGUGAAGGUUUUUCUCGAUGGUUGACGUUUACCGCGUAAGAGUACCCGAUAGAAAGACUUUUUUGUUUCAUUGAAUGAUCGAAAAAAAAAACAACUGAGGAUAUGAUCAGAAAGCUCAAUAAAUGAGAGUGUUUAGGACGCGUCAUAUUCAUACUCACUGGUUUUAUUUAUCGCAGUUACCAGGUAAUCAUGGAUCGGAUUUGGGAAUAUGCAUAAGUUGGAAAUGAUUCUAUAUUUCAUCAUCUGUUUGUAGAUCAGAUGUCUAAAGAAUUAUUAGCUAUUUAACUUGAGCACCUUACUGUCAUUUUAUACUUGUAUAUUCAAUGGUAUUAUUUCAUCAUAGGAAUUGAAAUGUUUUGCUCAUGGUCAUAUAUCACACUCCAAUCAACUUAUCUAAUAUUCCAGGUUUUCAAAAAGCAAUCAUUUUCAAUAAAUAUGUCUAGACAGUUGACAUUACGAGUCGAUCUAAGCUAGACCAUCAUUGGAAAUGUGUAGGCACUGGACGCCCUUUUCAUCCCAGCAUAGGACUCCUCAGCUAUGCACACAUACACAGGACUCGAACACAAGACCCUUUGUCUCACGCGCCAAAGAUUGACCUCUGGACCACUGAGCCGAUAUGCAAUAAUGUAAAUGCCUAACUUCGAUCCAUCCUUUAUUGAUGUAUCUUGAUUAAGUUAGUUGGAUAGUUACGGAUGAUUAGUGAAACGCAAAAAUAAGAACUAUAGUUUGAAAGAGAAGUUCAACAUUUUGAACUACUACUCACUUAGUUUGAUUGUAAGGGUUUCAAUUGUCGUGUUGUUUUUAUUAAAGACUGAACUUGGUAGGUACAUUUGGCUAAUGAGUCUUAGAUAAAAUGAAAUUCACAUCUUAGGUUCCACUGUUAGCCAAUAUCUAACUUUUCUUAAACACUACUAACUUAUGUACAAUAAUUCCCUUUUUUAUUUCUAAGAACGAAUAAUAAUUCAAAUAGAACUGUCAUUUAUUCUAAAUUAAUUUUCCAUGAUUGUUUCGAUAUAAAUUAUUUUAGAUUUUGUCUGUUUAGAGAUCGUUUUCUGUUCUCACACGCAUACACAGAUACUAUUGUGUGUGUGUUUGAUUUUGAGUACUUUCUCAGUUUUUCUUUUCGAUUGUUCUCUCAUUCUCUAAUUCAAUUUAAAUGAUUAGAAGUAGGAAACACUCCUUUUUCAUGUCAAUAAAUAAUGAUGUAAUUUACUGAAAUCAAAUUUUAUUUCAUUAUCAUCUAUUUCUGUGAUAAUGCAUGUCGUCUACUCAUCCUCAUCAUUCUUCUCCUUCAUCGCAUUGCCAUUUUUCUGCCUUAAUAAAAUCAAUCCUACUUAUAAGUAGCAUAGAGAAGAAUGUGAUAAUUUCACGUUUUCCGAUUGAAUUUUUUGGCUCAUUUCUUGAUGUUGUUUUUUUUGUGCUUAUUUUUAUCCUCUAGGUUAUUUAAGAGAUUUACAAUUAGAUAAAACAUCACCAUUCAGUAUUUCUACAGUGCAUAAUGCACCAUCACAUAACGCAUCAUCUAUGGCUUUUAUAUUUUCUGCUUUUGCUUUGUUUAUCUCUUGUCUUCUUGGCUGUCCUUUACGUUGGUUAUCAAAAAGAGGAUUUUCCAAUAAGCCAAAAUCAUCAUACAGUCCCAUUGAGUUAAUGCCAAAUCAUGUGGACCAUACAAAUUAUAGUUAUGAAUAUAAUACCAUUUCACCGACGUUGCCGACAACUGAUCAUGAAUAUUAUAUACAGCAACAACAACUGGGUAAUAUGGUCAGUGAAUAUCAAUCCAUAGACGUGAAUUGUAUGGCACCAGUUGAUCCGACAUCUACCACCAGACGUGUUGACGUCACUGACAGUCAUUAUGCUGUAAAUCAACCGACGGUAGCACCAUCUUCAACUUCAUUGACAGUGAUCGAUGCCUUAAAGUCACAGACUUCAACCACUGAUCAAUUAUCACCAUCUAUUAUUCCUCAAUCUUCUGUAAAUUGUCUACCGAUAUCGUCCGGUCAUCAUAUGAUUUUCUCAACAGAGCCAACAUCGACAUUAGCUGCCAGUGGUGUUGUUACUGGAUUGUUGGAUAGUAAGACAUUGGAUACUACUGCUAAUACUACUGGUACAACAAUACCUAUGACAGAUGAGUCUGUUUCUUUGGUCAAUGUCGGUGGUUUAAAAUUGCCUGCUGCUGUUAUUCCUGCAUCUGUAGUCAGUGGUGGUGGUACAGUUCCCACUCCAGUAGUAUCAUUAUCACUUCCAGCUCAAUCUGUUGAAGUUUUAGAGGUCAAAGAAGAUCCUGGUUUAGAACCAGUUGUUGAAGAAGAAGAAGAAGAUUAUGAAGAUGAUGAACAAGAUGUCGAUCAAUAUACAAGAGUAAAUCAAUUGGAAUCUGGUACAUUAUUAUUGACAGAACCUGGUACCAAUAUUGAUAGUAGUAUACCAACAUCAGAAUCGAGCUUUAAUCAAGAUACUACUGGUGAUUCAAUGCCAACUAAUGGUUCUUCAUCUUCAUCUCUACGUAAUAUCAAUUUGCGCAAAGAUGGCAUAAGGCAUAAACGUCGUCGAACUUCUAAACCAUUUGAAUUAAAUACGACAAUUGUUGAGGAUAAGUUUACUGUAGAUGUGAUCAAUGAUGUUAAUGUUGAUGAGGAUACUAAUAAUGUGCAAAUAAUUCCUGUUACUACUACGACGACGAUUAUCACUACUUCUACUAGCACUACUACUACUACUACUACUACUACUUCUGGCACUGAUAAUACAAACAGCACAACACCAACUACAAAUGAAGAUAACAAUGAUGCUAAUCCCGACCACACUUUUGGUAGCGUUGGUGGUAAUAGUAAUAAUAAUAACUGUAAAGAAGAUACUAACUGAGAACGAACUAAUCAUAACGAUAACAACACGAAUUAAACUAUUUUUAUCUGCUAAAUCUAAUCCAAGAUUUUCUACUCUCUACUAUUUUAUUCCAUAUUACAUGUAUGUAUAUUUGUGUGUUUGUCUACGUCAAAUAAUAAUCAUCUCUAUGUUGUCUGUUGCUUCUAACUAUAAAUAAAUAUGCAUAACUAGUCGAAUAUUCUAUUCAAAAGUAUCACACUUUUAUUUUUCUACUUCUAUCCCACUAUUCCCAGCCUACUCUUAUGUGUGUACUGCUGAAUUUGCUAUUCUACCAAUAAUAAACACUUAAAUUUCUUUGAGAUAUACGACAUCAAUGUAUUGUGUAUUGACUUUUCUUCCUUUGAAAUUUGUAUCAUUUCUAUGUAUUUCUUACAACAGAUACUGGUAAUCUUUCAUCUCAUUAUGUAAAUAACUUAGUCUCUUCACUUGCCCCCCUUCUAUUUCCCUUCCUUUUCUUAUGGAUUGAUUCAUGUGUAAAUGAUUUUGUAACAUUGGGACUAAUAUGAAUACUAUUAAUUCUGUAUACAUCAUUAUCCUCAUCGUUAAAUCUCACACUAUUCAUGUAGGUUUUUUUUUUACGGUUUCCACUUUCUCUACCAAUUAAUCAUUAUAAUUUUGCUUUCAACUAUAACUAUACCUCUUACGCACAUUAUCAAUUUCUAUUCUAUUACUGACUUGUUUGUGCCAUAGUUAUCUACUGCUUGUUCAUUUUUAUUUUGGUUCUGUACAUUUACUAUUGAUAAUAAUUAUCGUGAUAAUACUAUCGUUAAUAUGUCUCUUGUUAUUGCUUUCAUUGUUGUUACUACUACCGCUAUUGCUGACGCCGCUGAUGCCAUCAUCGUGUUUAUUGUUUCUGUGAAGAAUUUUCAUUUACUUAAUACUUUCUUGAUAUUAAGCAUAUUCUAGCAAGUACUUCCACUAUUACUACUACUACAACCACUAAUCUAUCUUUUCAUUCAUUCUGUUACGUCAUACAUUAUUUAUUUGGUUUUAAUUGAUUUGCUUAUUUAUUGAUUUAUUGACUUAAUGUUAUGUUUUUCAUGAAACAAACAAUCGAAUGUCAUUGAUGUUUUGUUUUGUUUGUUGUGUAAUUUGUCAGUGUUUUCUUUCUUUCUUUCUUUAAAUUUCAUUUCUCGAUGCUGGUCUCACUCAUCGAGUGUGUGUGUGUGUGAAAAUUUGGUGAACUCGUUUGUUUGUUAAAACAAAUUGUUCGAUUUCAAAGAUUUAAACGGAUGUAUACCGGUUUUUUUGUUCGUUGUUGCUACUUGACUGUUUGUUUUAAAAAAAUAUAAAUUACAUAAAACAUCUAAACUUAACUGAACCUUAAUAGUGAUUAACAGUAAAAACAGUUGAUUGAAGUUAAGUGAUUAUGAUAUCAAUGUCCGAUAUACAGUUGAACAGAGUGGUUAGCUCCAACGUGUAG